AUGCAAGUACAGAAUGUUGAUCGCUCCAAGUUCGCUCCAAUGAAGAAUGAUUUGAUGCUCAGAGCAGCUUUAGGUGAGAAGGUUGAAAGACCACCAUGUUGGAUUAUGAGACAGGCUGGACGUUAUUUACCAGAAUACCAUGAGGUGAAGAAUGGUCGUGACUUUUUCGAGACAUGUCGUGAUGCAGAAAUUGCUUCAGAAAUUACUAUUCAGCCCGUGAGACGUUACGCCGGUUUAUUGGAUGCAGCUAUUAUCUUCAGUGAUAUUCUUGUGAUCCCUCAGGCCAUGGGUAUGAAAGUUGAGAUGGUUGAGGGGAAAGGCCCUCAUUUCCCGGAACCGUUGAGAACUGAAGAGCAACUACAAAAGGUAUUGGAUUAUAAGGUCAACGUUUUAGACGAACUAGAAUGGGCCUUUAAAGCUAUCACUAUGACUCGUACUAAAUUGGACGGCCAAGUGCCUUUGUUAGGUUUCUGUGGUGCUCCAUGGACGUUAUUGGUUUAUAUGACCGAGGGUGGUGGAUCGCGUUUAUUCAGAUUCGCUAAGCAAUGGUUAAACGAAUCGCCAGAAUCAUCGCAUAAAUUAUUACAGAAGAUUACUGACGUUGCGGUCGAAUUCUUGUGCCAACAGGUAGUUGCUGGUUGUCAGAUGCUUCAAGUGUUUGAAAGUUGGGGUGGCGAGUUAGGCUCUCGUGAUUUCGACGAGUUCUCUUUACCGUACCUAAAGCAAAUUGCGGAAAGAGUUCCACCAAGGUUAAAGCAGCUGGGUAUCGAAGAACGUGUUCCAAUGGUAGUAUUCGCCAAGGGAUCAUGGUACGCACUAGACAAACUAUGUGACAGUGGCUAUAAUGCAGUUUCUUUAGAUUGGUCAUGGGACCCUGCAGAGGCAGUAAAGAUCAACAGUGACCGUGUUACCUUACAGGGUAAUUUGGACCCUGGUGUAAUUUACGGUUCGGAUGAGAUUAUUACCAAGAGAGUCACUGAAAUGGUUCAUGGUUUCGGCGGAGGUAAGCAACAUUACAUUGUAAACUUUGGACAUGGUACCCAUCCAUUCAUGGAUCCAGAGAAGAUCAAAUUCUUUUUGCAGGAAUGUCACAGAGUCGGUAGUCAAUAA